AUGGCAACAGAGGCGAGAGGCACAUUUGUAAAAUGAAGUCCAAAAAAAAGUGAAGGUGUAAGUGCUAGUAGCAGCUUGAUGCAUGCCAAAAACUAGACCUGGAGUGCUGACAUGGCUAACCCCUUCUCUCUCUUUCUUUCUAACUCCUAUUUAUCUCCAUCUCUCUCUCUCUCUCUCUCUCUCUCUCUCUCUCUCUCUCUCUCUCUCACUCUCUCUCUCUCUCUCUUUCUCUCUCUCUCUCUCUCUCUCUCGCUCUCCUCACGCUCUCUCAUCACUCUCUACUCAUAACUUCCCUCUCUUUCUUUCUUUCUCUAUCCCUCUCCAUCUCCUCACUCUCUCACCCCCACCUCCUUCUCUCUCUCUCUCCAUCCCACCCCCUCUCCCUCUCUUACAGAUAAUGGUGCUGACAGACCCUGAGUUUGAGAGUAGUGUGCUCAUCAGCUCGGAUGAAGGAGCGAGCUAUCAGAAAUACCGCCUCAGCUUCUACAUCCUAAGCCUUCUGUUCCACCCAACACAGGAGGAUUGGGCCCUAGCCUACAGCCACGACCAGAAGGUGAGCUCCAUGUCGUUUUUUCACCACAGUUGGUUGUUUGA